AUGAGCAGUAAUGAAGAGCUGGUCAGGCUGAAGGAUGAGGCAGAUGUGAAGAUUAGCGAUCUGCAGAAGGAGCUAGAGGGCGAGCGUGUAAAGGCACUGGAAGAGAGGGAGAGCCUUCAGAAGGAGUUGGAAGCAGAGAGAGCCAAGGUGACUAUUGAGAGGGAGACAUUGAAGAAGGAGUUGGAGGCAGAGAAGGCCAAGGCAACUGCUGAAAGGGCGUCCCUGGAGAAUGAUUGUGGCAUCAUAUUUCCUGUUUUUAGUAUAUCCUAUUUUUUAAGCUAUUUUUUACAUGAUACUUUUUCAUUGUUUCUAGUAGGCACAUCCAAGGGUAAGAGAGGACGUGGGAAGUCACGAAGCCUCAAAUUGGCCAAGCUAAAAAAUCAAGGGGUGCGACUACCUAUUCAGAUUUGUAAGGUUAGUGGACGACCAUAUGGUGAAGCAUCUGAAAAAUUUACUAGUGAAUUAGGGAUUGUCACUAGGCAAUUUGCCCCACAAAAUGUGCCAUCGUGGACUGAUAUUAGUGAAGAGGAUAAAGAAACAUUGGUUGCAUACCUUCAGGAAGGUUUUAAGUUUACCAAUGAACCCUAUGCUAUUGAAUCUAUCCUCAAUUUGAUGCACGACCGGUAUAAGAGCUAUCGCCAUGACCUACGAAAACGCUUUAGAAGUUUCCAUACAAUGGAAUCUGCCCUUGCAGAUCCACCUGAAAAUAUGGAAAAGGAGGCGUGGAAGUUCUUGUGCGAAAAGUGGUCUGACAAGGACUAUAAGGGUUCUUGUUUUGUGGUUUUUCAAAAAUAUGGAGGGAUGCUGGAACCCCUGCUGAUUCUUUAUGAGGUUUGGCCCGAAUGCACCGAUGUUCCCAAAACCAAAUUCCAAAUCAAGGUCCUGCAAGCUUGCGUCGAUUUAAAGCUUAGGAGCUAUCUGCCAGAUUUUGAAUGCCAUUUCAACGAAGCCAUUGAGAAGAAGAUGCGAUGAGUUGAGUUGUUUUGUUAUGUAGGUAGAUAUAACUCUAAUUACAAUCUGUUCAUUGAAUAGUUGAAUGCUACAAAUUAGAAAUGGUACUUUUGAAAUUUCUAU